AUGGAGAACCUUUUGUUACAGGUCGAGGUGCCUAAGAUGUAUAAUGUGAGGUUAGCGCCGUUAACAUCCACAUUUAUCGAGCCGCAUGGGAAACUUCUCCAGAAGGCGGAGGUUGAUGUCGGCGGUGAUGCAAAUAACUUCCUCGAUGUAAUACUUCAUGUUAAGCUGUUGUACUCGGUAAAUGGUGAGUCACGGGAAGAUGAAUUUCAGAUUUGA